GCACUUUUUUUUUUUCGUCGAGUGGGAGGAUACGGGACGCCAGCCAAGGUAUGACAGAGGCAAUGGAACUGUGAGGAACUCUUCAGGGAACGAAGUUACAAUUACUGAGCUUCGCAGAAAGAAAAGUUUACUUUUAACAGGAAAGACCAAAAAGAAGGAACCCCAAAUGGCGGCACAGCCCUCCGAUCUAGAGAAGGCCAUAAAUACCCUGGUCACACAAUUCCACUCGGCCGGCGGCGGAAACAGCUCCACGCUGAAGAUCGACGAGUUCAAGAAUCUCCUCUCCAGCCAGCUGCCAAACCUCGCCAAGACGGCAGGCAAUGAGCAGGGUUUCGGGGAGGUGCUGCAGAUGAUGGGGGUGAAGGAAGGCGAAGGCGUCAGCUUCAAGAACUUCUGGUCCCUGAUCCAGAACCUGGCCACUUCCCAGUACGGCAUCCUGAGUCAAGCAAGCCCCACCAAAUGCAGCUGUCUGCUGCUGUGAGACAGCCUGGAGACUACUGCCACCACCUCCUCCCCUCCCCCAACCUGUCCCAACCCCACCCCCCCAACCCCCC